AUGGUCAAGGCGUUCAUCACCGGCGGCACCCUGGCAAUCCUCUUCAUAUUCCUCUUCUCAUUCGUGGGAGUUUUCGGGGCCAUGACGGCGAUCCUCCGCCCAGAGACGGUGCCCUGUGAGAUCUAUGCCGGCAUGCUGGCCGGCCAGCCGCCGGCUGUCGCCCGCUACUUUGGCACGGCCGUCUUCUCGCUGGUCAACCUCAUUUUCCUGGUCAGCAGCUGCACCGUUCUGGACUCGACGUUCGCAUCCACCUCGAAGCUUUUCGGGCCCGAGCUCUGCGGCGCGAUCACGCGCGGCCGGCCGCUGCCGCCGCAGCUGGCCACGAAAAAGCACACCUGGGUGGGGCGUGUUGCCAUGGUCCUCAUGGCAUUGGUCGGCACCCUGCCCCUCAUCGCCGGCCCCUCCGCCCUCGACGCCACCACCAUCAGCGGCACCAUGGUCGUAGGCUUGGGCCCGCCUGUCUUUGCGCUGAUGUUCAUCAAGGGGUACCGCCCCCUCGUCUUCCACCUGCCGUUCUGGACUGGCGUCGCGUUUGGCAUUGUGAUGCAGCUCUCCUCCAGCCCCUGCUGCAAGGACAUGAUGAACAUGACAGGUGGGGGGGAGAACAUGACAGGUGGGGGAGAGAAGAUGACAGGUGGGGGGGAGAGCAUGACAGGUGGGGGCGAGAAUAUGACAGGUGGGGGCGAUCAGGUGGUGGAGGGGAACAUGAUCAACGUGACAGGCUUCAAGAUCGGGGGCGGGACCUACGCCCUGCUCCUGGGAGUGAAUGUAACCAGCACCAUCUGCUGCUGGGCCCUCGGCGGCCUGGCACUCCUCGACAACCGCACCGGGCGCGAUCUGGUAACCUUGGAUGACGGCCAGGACGGCGUCGUUGACGGCGGCGACGAGGCAGUCGCUGUGGGCUCCAAGGAUGCGGGCGCCCCGCUGCCGCCGGCCGGCGCCGGGGCCGUCUCCGCAGUUUGA